AUGAAGCCACAGUAUGGUUUUCCAAAACUUCAUUUUGCUGGUUUACAAAUAUAUUCAGAUAGUGAUAAUUAUAUAGAAAAUAAUGCUAUUAAAUUACAAAAGGAAGAACUGUGUGAUAUAAAUUAUCAAUUGGAUCAUAAAGAUAAUGAUGUACGUCUAUCAAUUGGACAAUCAGAAGAAUUGACACCUGUUAUGGGUGAUAAUGGGUUUGAUAGACUGUCAACUUCUAUUCCACAUAUGAGAAAUGUAACUGAUUGGACUAUGUCAACUCUUAAUGAACAUUCACCAAGUUUUGCAAAUUUAGAUGUUUUUGAGAAUAUAAAAAAGGUUGACAGCAACAAUUCAAACAAUAUUAAUUCUGCUAAGAUUAUAUCAAAUGAACAUAUAGCCAAGUACUUUCGACCAUUACCGACGAGAAAUAAUAACGACUUUUUGGAAGAGUUUAGAUAUACAAUUAUAUCAUCAAAUAUAUUAAAUGAUAGUGAAGGUUAUAGAUUUAAAUUUGAUAUAAAAAAUUCUAUUUUAGAUUUUCAUUCUUCUAAAUCAGCAAAUACCAAGAAGAGAAAUUCAAUAUUGUAUCAUACAAAAUAUGGUAUUUGUAAAAGCAUUUCUGGAGAUAAAUUUAAAUUGUAUCGGACUUUCAAUUAUUCAAAAACUAUUAUCAAUUCAUUAAGGAUAAUUAGAUAUUUAUCAAACAAAAGAAAACUUGAGAAAACAAAGUACAAUAAUGCGAAUGAAAAUUCGUUUAUAAUAAAAACUAUAUGUUUUAUAUUAAUUUGCAUUAAUAUAUCCUCACAUCAACAAUUUUUUUACAAUCAAUGCAUCAAAUAUAAAUUUAUGAUCAAUUUAAAAGAAUUUUUGAAAAUUUUACAAAAAUCAGAUGACUUAAUACACAAAUAUCAUAAUGUCUCUAAAGAAUUAGCAAUCUAUAAGCCACUUAUACAAAAACACCAUCAUAGAGAUAUAAAUUUGUAUAAGAGGCCUGACAGUGAUAUAGAAUUUAAUAACAGUGAGAAAGAAUUCGAAUUAACAUUGAAUAAGAUAAAUGAAAUCUUAACUUCCGUUUUAAAUUUGCAAUUUCAUCAAGUUUUAAAACAUGUCAUUGAAAUAUUACCAAUGACAGAUAAAACUGAGUUAUUGAAAUAUUGUGAGAUAUACGCAAUAGACCUUCCCACAUUAUACGAAUAUAUAAACUUUCCAGCGCCAUCUAUUAAAAACAAGAUUGACAGGUUUGACACUUUAAAAAAAAUCAUGUUAUUGUGUUUAUUAUCAAUAACAGAAGCAAAGGUUACUUAUAGCAACAACAGCAUAGUGAUAAAUCAAAUAAGUAAUAUAUUUGGUGUCAUACCUGAUGAUAUUAUAGCGACUAAUAUUAGUAGAAAUACAUUAAUAAAAAAUAUUAAAGAUGCAACUAUAAUUAUAAAAAAUAUGGAAGAAGCUAUAUCACCGUUUAUCCAAGUACUAGUUGCAAAUAGAAACCUUUUAUAUCUUUCCAUUGAUUCUCAGGAUGAUAACUCUAUGUCAAAACAGGAAUCGCAGAAAUUAACACAAGAUGAAUCAAAUCAUAACUUUUUACUUAUAAAUAUAAUAAAUCAAACAAAAAGUCUAGAAAAAGCCUUCCUAGGUUUGUCGUCUACCGAGUUGAAAAAGAAUGAAGAAAUGAAUUCUAUUACCAACCACAUAUCAAAUAUUCUGGAAACAUGGGUGUCCAUGAUAGAUAAAGAUUCUAUAUCUUGUCAAAAAGCAGAAACGACUAAUAUAGGAAUUGUAAACAAUAGGUUUUCUAUUGACGUAUACAAUUCUGAUAGGGAAUCUAGUGUCAAAAUUUUAGAUACUGAUAUUCUUAAAAAACAAAUCGACAUCAAAGAGGUCGGAGAAAAUACAAAUGAUAUUUUUGAUGUUGAACAAGUUGAUGAUUUUGAGUAUGCUGGAGAUGAAAAUCAAAGCGUACUAUUUUUUACAAACGAAGAAGAUUUUUAUAAUUCUAGUAAUAAGCUUAAUAAAUCAGGUAUUAGUACACAAAAGAUGAGCACGAGAGAAAUGACGGAUGAAGAGUUAAGGCAAAAACUGGAUCAAAAGAUUUCUAUAUUAGCAGCAGAAAAUAGAAAGGUUAAGGAAAAAUUACGAACCAAAAAAUCAUUUGAUCUAUUAAGGAAUGAGAACUCAAAUAUACUAUAUUCAGAUUUUAAAUCUCUAAAAAAACAAGGUAACCUUGAUACUAGAAGCAGGUCUUCUAGAUUAAGGAAUUAUUCUUCCGAAGAGACGAUUCCCAUAAUAUAUGAACUAAAAGCCUUAUUCGAUGCAGGAUCAUGA